AUGAUAGCAUCAGACGAAGAAAAAAUGGAAGUGAUGUCCGAUGAACAGACAACCAAGCAACGAAUCAUUGAAUUAUCAUUGAAAUACAAUAUCUUAAGUCCAUAUACAGCAUUCAUCGGUAUAGAGAAGCGAACAAAUGCAAACAAUGCUGACAUGAUGUUACGUGAAGUACCAAUUGAAAUUUCUGCUGAUGAUCAGCAUUUAUUUACGCCAUCAAGAUUACACUUCUUGGGUGAUGGUGCAGUUCAUCAUAGUGCAGGCAUUCGAUCUGGUGCUGGUGGCGGUUUUGGGGGCAGUGAAGCAAAGAAAGCUAAACAAACAGCCCGGAAAUCGAUGAAUACGAUAAGUUCGAAUGCAUUCGCUUACGAAACCGACCUAUCCAAAUAG